CGUGAGAGAAGAGCUAUAACCUAGUCCAAGACAAUAUCUCAAACAAUCAAAAAUGGUUUUUGUUGACCAAGAAGUAAUAUGCAAGAAGCACCCACAUCACAAGCAGCAGCCUGGAGUAUGUUAUUGGUGUCUUAGAGAAAGACUCAUUAAUCUUUCUACUUCAACACCAACAAUAUCACUAAGUUCUUCAUCAUGUACCUAUUCUUCUUUGUCUUCCGCUGCUUCUUCCACUUCUGAUUCUCCCCGCCAUCGUCGGAUCACCUCCGACGUCGUGGGUCCCUUCUCUUUCUCUUUCGUGAGCAUUAUCAGUGCCGGUGUCGGUGCCGGAGGAGUUUUGAAGAAGAGUAAAUCAAUAGCUUUUGUUGCAAGAGGUGGUAGAAGUGGAUUGUUGAAUGGGCAAAAGAAGAAAGAAGGGUUUUGGUCAAAGUUGAUAAGGUCCAGGGGUAAAAAGACCAAAAGUGUUCUUGUACAUUAAUCAUCUUCUAUUCAAGAGAUGUUUUUUUAACUUAGAUACAUUAAUGAUGUGGCGGGUUAUUCAUCAUCUUUUGCAAAUUACCAAUUUAUACUUCCUAUGAAAAAGUUACUAUUAGUACUUACUUUUAAGUGACAUGGUAAUGUGAAAAUUCUAUGACAUGGUAAUGUGAAAAUUCUUUAUAAUGUCAGGCUCAUGUAAUAGUUAAAUUCUUCAAGAAAAUGUUAAGCAAUGAGUUAGGUAUUCCUUCUGUCCCAA